CUAUUGGACACCAAAACACCUGAGGGUUUGGUGAACAAAGUGUGGUUUGACGUUCAACUUCAUAUUGGGCGAAGGGUGCAGGAGGGAAACCGUCUUCUGAAACCUGACUCAUUUAAAAUAUGUACAGAUGAGAACAGCCUACUCUCUCAUUCAACGAACCCACAAAACACAAGGACCCACAGGAGACGAACAAUGAGAGUGGACGGGGAUCAUGUUUGAACUGCCGGGUUAUCCCCUCUACCCUCUCCCCUCUCUCCGGUAGCUUCGCUUAUGAAGUAUCUGUCCGUCCUUCCCUCUGACGCCCCAGGUUUGUACCUCCACCCGAAACGGAAAGCAGUGAACAGAGACUGUUAGCUAGCUAAAUCAAAUGUACCCUGACAAUAUAACCGGCAGCUAUUUAGGCCUAACUAUUAGCUAAUGUUAUUUUGUCUUUUAUAUGUCUCAGGUAUACAAAAGAGCCGAUGGGAGUGAACACCCUCACAAUAAUGUUGCCAAGGAUCUGGAAAAUAACUGGCAUGUCGCAGAUUUACACAAACCACUGCCUCCGAACCACCGUGGUCCAGAAACUGUCGGAUGCUGGACGAAAGGCACGAGAAAUAAUGUCUGUCAGUGGACACAGAUC